AUGGUAGAUGCAGACAUAAUUCAUCCAAGCACACCUCUUAGGAGGCUCAUUGGAGACAACAAGGACCUCAUUGGAUGCAAGGAGGAUCCGGAAGCUUGGAAACCUUGCUUCACGAGUGGUUAUUUCUACACAAUGUAUGACGAGGGCUGGUUACAAAACUUCUGGACCACAGCCAGUGAAGCCUUUGUGAAGAGCAUUUCCCAAAAGAAGCUAUCCUGCAUCGUGGUGGCACUAAGCAAAGGCCUCAGUGAAGGGGACGAACGUCGCUUACAUAAUUCGAUCUUCUGGAAAUAUGAGCUUCGGUCAAUUUCCUCUGAGGUAUCACUCUCACAUGACAAAUGCCCAGGCCUCCGUGCAGAGGACGAUGACUGCGUGGAGCAAUGCGUGGAUAUGGAGGCUGGAUUGUGGCAAGUCACGGUUGACUAUGCAAAGAAGCAUGCAUCAGAAAGGCCAUGCCGGCCGCAACUUCUUGUCGUGGACAUGCGGGGCAUUUGCCAUCAAGUGCGACCGUUGAUUGAAGAAAGGAUUGAAGACGAUCCAAGGCACUCGUGA